AUAUAUAUACCCUCCUCAAUAAUCAAUAACAGUAGAGAGAAUAAUAUAUAAACACCAUCCACUAGCAGCAGCAGGAGCAGCAGAUCGAAAGAAUUGAAUUGAAUUGUUGUUUAUUGUCCCUUAAAUAAAUUGAUAUAUAGAUAUAAAAGUAGUAUAGUGAGUGAGGAAAAGAAAGAAAGAAUGGGUGAGAAUGUGAUUCCUGAUCUAUCACUGCAGAUAAGCCUGCCAAAGAGUGCUCCACCAUCAAUAUGCAAUAAUGAAGAAGAAGGAGAUUGUGGAGGGUUUGAUAUAUGGAGAAGUAGCACUACUACUAGUGAUGGUGCUGAAAAAUCACACAGUGAUGGUUCCAUUUCAAUCCCUACUACUCUUCUUCAUCAUCAUAAGAACAUGGAGACACAACUCUCUUUAGCAGCACCUACAACCCCAACCCCUUCUGAAGCUGAAAGCCCUUGGAACAAAUCAUCAUCGUCAUCAGAGCAAGUAGUAAUUAGGCCUAUCAAUGGAAUCCCUCUUUACAACAACAACAACACUCCUUCUUCGCCACUUUCAAGGUUUAAUAAUGCUAUAACUAUGGAGAGUCUAAGAACCCUUAAUCACCAUCACUUAUUUGGGGUUAUUGGGGGUGCUAACAACAACACUGACUUCACAAACGGGUUUGUGAUGAGGUCUAGAAUGUUCCCAUCAACAACAACAACAACAACAAGGAUGAUGAUUCAUAGCAGCAAGAGGAACAUGAGGGCUCCAAGAAUGCGCUGGACUACCUCCCUCCAUGCCCGAUUUGUUCACGCUGUUCAACUCCUUGGCGGCCAUGAAAGAGCUACUCCAAAGUCAGUUCUGGAACUCAUGGAUGUCAAAGAUCUAACACUCGCUCAUGUCAAGAGUCACUUGCAGAUGUAUAGAACUGUUAAGAAUACUGACAAGCCAGCAGCUUCCUCAGCAUCAGAUGGAGAUGAAGAUUUCAUGUCCCUAGCAUCACCCAUUAGUCAAAAUAAGAACUUUUUACCAAAUCAAAGAGGGCCCCCAAAUAAUAAUAAUGCAUCUCUAGAUCAAGAUUUGGGAUACAACACCACUACUGCUACUACUUGCAGCAAUAAAAAUCUAUGGGGUAAUUCUUCUUCCAGUAGAGAAGCAUGGAUACAAGCCAACGAGCGUAGUCCAGAAACCCUAUCAUCUCAACACAUUAUGGGGAAGCUCUCCGAGGGAAGCAACCAUAUACAAUCAAGAAGCUUCAAGGAUCAAAAUAAUUUAGAUUGUCAGAAUAAUCCAAGCUUGGAAUUCACCUUAGGGAGAUGAUCAAAUUCACAAUGCAACAGAACGAAGAACAUGUCUAGUUAAUUUUAGUUUGGUAUACAUCAUGAUUCAUGGAUUGCUUCUAAAGAAUAUAUACAGAUUAAUGCACAGCUAUAUAUAUAUAAUUAGGUACUAUAUAUAUAAAAUUAAUUAAUAUAAAAAUAGUUAGUAUGCUUUUCUCAAGGCGAAUAUGUCAGUUUCCACAAAUCUAAAGCAACUAUAUGUAUAUUCUUUUUGAGCUAAAAAGCUUAUUUAGGUGGUGAUAGUCAUUACAUAUAAAUCUUAUAGACUUAAAAAGUAAAAGCUAAUGAAUUGAAGAAAAGAAAGGAAGAAGAAUCAGAUGUA